AUGGCGCCGAUGUCGCCUCACGCGGAGCAAUCGGCAAAGGAGGUUCGAGCGCUAGUCGACAAAGCAGUGAUGGUCUUUACCCAUUCAAUGGAUGAGCAGGUGUUCAUCGUUCUCAAGUUUAAGAUUGUCAAGUUUGAUGUGGACACAGAGACUCCUGUCCGCGCAUCCAAUGGGCAUUUCAUCAAGUUCAUCGGGGCAACGCUGUUCUCUGUCGGCCAUGGCAUGCAGUGCGUGCACAAGGGAAGUGCAGAGUACACUGAUUGGGGCUACAUUCUAGCCUGCACUCCAUGCCUGAACAUCGCUUUUGGUGGCGCGUUUCUGGGACGAUCCUGUCCGCUGUCGCUCCUAGCGUCAGGGCUGCUCCUUCAUGUGGCCUACCUGCCACUGCUGCUCCGGGCACUGUUGAGCGGAGCACCGAAGCUUCUACCCGGGAUCGGCGUGCUGGCCGCCGCGCUUCUCACCUGGACCGGUAGCAUCGCAACGCUGCUGGACCGCAGCCUGCUCCAGGCCUCCCCGCUGCUGCCGAUGCCCGUCUUUGCCAUGCUCACGAGCUGUAGCUUCGGCCUGGGUAACUCGCUGAAGCUGCAGCGGCUGCUUGAGGCGCAGGAGCCAGUGCACCAGGCCUUUGUGGGGCAGGUGCUCAAGGUCUUGGCCUCCAGUUUUCUGAUCACUGGGAACUCCCUUGGCCUGGGCUGGCACAACGUCCGAGUGCGGAGGUGCUACUGGGCACUCUCAAUCGUGAUGGCCACCACGCUGCGCACACUGGCUAGCGCUUGGAAGCCGCGGGCGAGAAAGGCGCUGCAAGAUCAGAAGUGCCGUUAA